AUGAACGCCGACCAGAACCCUGUGCCCAAUGUAGCAGAUUCCAGAUGGCGAUCGAAAAAGCGAAAGAGUCUCACGGUUGCAGAUAGGAAUCAGAUCUAUCAGUUUCAUGAGGACAAUCCUCUUGUUACCCAUGGAAGUAUCGCAGCAAUAUUUGGCGUUGAGAGGAGUACUGUGUCCAAGAUUGUACAGAAAUCCUAUCAUGGACCACAACCGACAGUGGCAAUGAGUGGUCAUGCGUCGAGAGUCGAGAUCAAGCUUUUGGAGUGGACACAUGAUUGUCGUAAGAAGGGUAUCAAAGUUACACGCGAUAUGAUACGAACGCAAGCUACAGUCCUCGCGAAUCCAGCACUGUCUGAAUCUAUACAACCGCUCCCUAGUACCAGUCCCCCGCAAACGCAUUUACCCACGUCCAUGUCGAGUCUCAGACCAUCAGACACACUAGACCCUUUCCUGGGUCAAGUAUCUACGGCAGAAUCGCAUCUCAGUAAUCUAGACCUCGGCCUCCUCUCCCGAACCUGCGCCCUGACGACUGUUCAGGAGGACGAACCCUCGUGCGCAGCCUCCGACUCGAUCGGCCCUUUUUGCCAGACCAUACAGAACGAUUUACCCCACAACAUCCUCGACCAGUCUAGCAUGUACGAUCCAGUGCUCAGUCUUGAUACCAUGCCUUCAUCGCCUCAGACCUACGAUAGUUGUGCCUAUCCAAGCUCUACAUAUGCCGAGGUAUAUGAUACAACAGUGGGUGGGUUCUUCGGCGAUGAGCGCAUUGGACCAGCUCUGUUUGAAUCAUGUGAAGGCCUGUUUAUAUAG